CAUCACUUGACACAUGCCGACACGUCACAUUCGGCAGCAAAUUUUUGGAGCUUUCCACUUUCUAAUCGGCCACUCGCAUUCGUGUCAACACGGCUCCAACGGUAUAGUGCGGUCGAUUUUCAUACGUGUCGCUUCUGUUUAUAUUUCAAUUAAUUAAAAUGAACAAGUUCGGAGUGUUUUUCAUUACCUUCCUGGGACUGCUGAGUUGCUGCCUCAGCGACGACGAGACCAGCGCCCGCCUCCUCAUCUCCAAGAAAAUCCUGAAUAAGUACCUCGUCGAGAAGAACGACAUCAUUGUAAGAUACACAAUCUUCAACGUAGGAAAUGGAGCGGCAGUGAAUGUGCAGCUGGUGGACAACGGAUUCCACCCAGAGGCGUUCGACGUCUUGGGCGGCAAGCUGGGAGUGACCAUCGACCGGAUCGCCCCGCAAACCAACGUCACCCACAUCGUCAUCGUCCGACCGAAAUCCUUUGGAUACUUCAACUUCACAGCAGCUGAGAUCAACUACAAACCCGUAGAGGAUGCCGAAACUGUCCAAUUCGCUGUUAGCUCCGAACCAGGUGAGGGAGGCAUCGUCGCCUUGUCGGAAUACAACAAGCGGUUCUCAUCGCACUUCUUUGACUGGGUCGGUUUCGCCAUCAUGGCCAUUCCAUCGCUCGCUAUUCCCUUCUUCAUGUGGCACGUCUCCAAGUCGAAGUACGAGAAGGUUGGCAAAUCCAAGAAGCAUUAAACACUGGGUCCUUGCAGUCCACUUUCGAUAAGGAUUAGACGUUAUCAGUACAUUAAGCAACCAAGCAGAGAUUACCAUCUUUAAAAAGUUAGAAGCAACCACAUCGCAGUUAGCUUUGAGCAGCAGAACACGCUCCUUUUCCAAUGUUGGUCAUUGCGCUGGAUAAACAUGUUUUAGAUUUGUACUAAGACUGAAUUAGCAAUGACUCCCUAGAUUUAUUUAUUUGUCAUGUUUUUUUAUAAUUAAAA